CUGCCCCUUUUCUUUCCAUCACCUCCCUCGCUGUGUAUCUUCUUCCUCCCUUUCCAGUUUUGUUUUCCAUCUCUGUCUCUCCAUCUCUCUCUACCCCCCUCCUUCUCCUCUCUGUCUCCCUCCCCCUCUCUUUCUGCUUUAUCCCUUCUCCUGCCGCAAUGGUAUAUGUUCUGAUAGCUGGCAGCAUUUUUUUCCCGGGUCUGUUUCUCCUUUCCAAGGCUGGACUACGGAGGCUGCGGCUAUUCCGCGGGGACGAAUCCAACACCGUGAUAGUAUCAGCCAGAUUGGUCUCCUCUAUACAAGCUGUGUUGGCCUCUACAGCUGGCUACAUAGUCGCCACUUCUUGUAAGGAUGUCAUUGAGGACAGACACUGGCUUGCUGCCACCUACACACGCUUUGCUGUCCCAUAUUUUAUAUAUGAUGUGUACGCGAUGUACCUGUGUUACUGGCACAAGCACAAGGUGAAAGGUCACAGCGAGAGCUGGCAGCUCACCAGAGCCUAUCUGCAUAAGGAGUUCCUCAUGGUACUGCACCAUGUCUUCAUGGUGGUGGUCUGCUUCCCCGUGUCUGUGCUGUGGAGAGAGGGAAAGGGUGACUUCUUUUUGGGGUGCAUGCUGAUGGCCGAGGUCAGCACUCCAUUUGUUUGCCUCGGCAAAGUCCUCAUUCAGUACAAGAAGCAGCACACGCUUCUGCAUCGUGUCAACGGGGUCCUGAUGUUGGUGACAUUCUUCUGCUGCCGGCUCCUGCUGUUCCCUUAUAUGUACUGGGUGUACGGCCAGCGGGUAGGACUCCCCUUGUACAAAGUUCCUUUUAAUCUGUCCCUGGAAUAUAACAUCGGCGCUGCUACACUUAUGGCACCUCAAGUCUACUGGUUCUACCUGAUCUGCCGAAGAGCUUACACUUUAUUUCGUCAGACUGUGCUUAACCAGAGGCCUAAGAAUGGACAUCCUAAUCCUGACAGCACCUCAGCCAAAGAUCAGGACUUUUCCCAGUGACUCUCAUUUCCCCUCUACUUCAUCUCUUCCUGCCCUCCCUCUGCAGGAUCCAGUAACCCCUCACCUUAAGCAGGGACCUUACCAGGGCAGCGUUAAAAGACUGUGCCUUUAACUGGAGACAGGCACCUUGUGAUGCUCUACUUAAAGGGCGACCAGGAAGUCGGUCUCUAAGGGGGUCUUGGAGUAGAGUGGGGUAGGGAGGCAUAAUUGCACGUCUCUGUCCUUGGAGGAUUUUACUAAAUGUAGUUCACACUCCCAAGGUUGCAGUAUUAAAAUUACCAUACCCUGCAAUACUUACAGUUACCACAAGGUGUCAGUAUCACUCUGUGAUUUCAAUAUAAUUUCUAUCCAUGUAAUACAUAUAGUGACCACUGAGCGUCACUGUCUUGGAGUGUUCUCUGUAAUACAGUGGCUUAUAUUCACUAAAUAUAUGAAGGUAAUCUCUGGAGAGAAUAACCUCUCCAGUAGCCAAUGCCUUCCAGCAUUGCCCAAAAUAUGACCAGUGUACGAGGUAUGCUGGGGAGGGGCAAGUUCACAGAAAGCAUGAAAAAUUAUUUCAGUGAAAAUAGGCCAAUGACAUAGAGUGUAAAUACCUCUAUAUAAAUUAAUCUGCAAUUACAGGUAGCAACCACCGCUUUGCCCUCUCAAAUUAAACCCAUAGUGGAUAUAAUCAGCAAUUCCUUUGGGUGACCACAGGGUGUCACUGUUACUCUGGUUACCCAUAAGGGGAGUAUACCUCUUCUAGUACAAGACCUUAGUAUGAAGGUAGCAUUGUUUUCUGAUACCCCAGGUGACAUACAGUGACUAAUGACUGCUAUAGACUGUGACCAGAGACCUCAGAUGAGAAUAGAGCCCUUAUAAUUUGUAUAGGACGUAUACCCCUGUACCCUCCAGUCUACCCAUUACCCCCCACCUCUGCAAAUAAUGAGAGGUUAAAGUUCCCUGCGCUCCCUCUCUUAACACUUUAGCUGCUAGAGAAAGAUGCAAUGUGUUACACAGCCAAGGGGUUAAAUGCUAGCGGGUAUGGGCAGUAGCAUGUUAGGGGUAAGUAUAAAUGCCCUAACCUAAAGGAAUGGCUAAUCACAAAUAAGCAAACGUGACUGCUUAAAGCUGCAUAUUAAAGGGUUACGCAUGGCCAAAUCCUAGCCAAUCAGCAGGCCGCGUUUGUAUUUAUCAGAACCUGAAAAAGCUCUACACUUUAGAGCUUUGUGUAUUUAACCUUUUCAGUUAAAUCCCCUCUUAUCUCCGCCUAAUCCAUGUAUGCAAUGUUAACAUACCUUGGAUUUUUUUUGUUUUAACAUCCCUGUUCUAUUAUUUAUUUAAGAGAGAGCAUGGUGAAGGGUCUGGCGGUAUUGGUAAUACACAGUACCGCUGUAUGUAGCAGCAUGUUUUUAUUUUAAAGGUCUUGCAGUUUUAUCGACAGCAAUGUCCAUCUCAGAAUGGUAUUGUAAACUAUAGCAUUCAAAGGGACCUGGGAAAAUGUCAUUUAAGGUCAUUGCAAAAGAAAAAGAGCAAAUAAUUUAAGAUAGAGUUUAACCCCUUGUGUUCCACACAGGGCUGCACUGCAUUGCUAUGCAAUAUGUUGCAGCUCCCUCUGCAAGGCAAGGGGUUAAUAAGGUCAGUGUUCUCCCAAAUAAUUUAAAACUAUUAAAAAUAGAAUUUAUAUUUUGUAUAAGAUGCUGCUAUUCCAGAGUUUGUUAAAGGUUCUGAUAAUCAGGCUCAGCAUAUGUAUUUUAUUUAUAUUGCAUCUCUGCAUCUUUUUAUUGGAACAGCCCCCCCCCCACACCACGUUCCCCAAUCUCUUCUGCUCCCGCAGUCUCCAGAUAUCGUCCCUUUAAUUUAUUUAUUUUUUAAUUUAUUUAUUUCACACAUUUUUUUUUUUUUUUUUAAAUAAACUGAAUGUAAAUACUUUUCAGCAGAGCGAUAUGUUAGUAAAUGUACUGCAAUUUAUAACAAUUGUAAAAAGGAAUAAAAAGGUAAAAAAAA